AUGCCCCUGCAGGACUUUCUCAAGGCCUCACACUUCGCGCUGGGGCCUGACUCGCGGCUGCACGAGGGCACCAUGCAGUCCACGACGCAGCGGGACUUCCCGAGCUACCCGGGCGCCACGCGCACGUCGCCCUGCAGCCGGCCGCCGUACGCCACCUGCUUCCUGCCGGACGCGCACUGGGCGCCCCAGCAGUGCUUCUCCGAGGCGCACCGCGCCUUCCGGCCGCUCCCGCCCACGCGCACGCCGGUUAGGGCCGUGGCGCGGGAGCGCGCUCUGGCCGUGCAGAUCUCCAGCCUGCGCAUGUACGCGGACGCGCACGACGGCGCCAGCUUCUCGGAGGCGCGCGCGGCCUACACCUGGCCCGAGCUGCCUGCGCGCACCAGCGAGCGGAUUCACGGGGCGCGCCUGUUCUUUGCGGGCGACUCGGUGCCAUCCGGCGAUCGCGCCAAGCUGGGUAUCCCGCCCACCACGCACCAAGAGCACUUCCCCUCGCGCGGCGCCUGCCGCCAGCCGCGCGCUCCCUGCUGCCACUUCGGGGGCUUCAAUGUCCUCAAAGGAGAUCUCAGGAGUCAGGGCGAUGGCACCUCCUACCAGAAACAGUUCCAGGCCUUGCCGGGGGCUCCCGCCUUGAUGUGUAAGAGGGCCUCCUCUAGUGUGGAACUGGGGGACUGCAAGAUUGGCUACAGGCCUUUGUGCUCCGAGCAGAAGCAAGCCUACCGGCCUCAGGGUUUGCCUGAAGACAGGUAUGACAAGGCCAAGGCCUCCGCGCACAUCUACUAUGUGAAUAUUCCUUCGGGUGACGGCCUCUUUCACCAUGGUACCACCACCGCCCGCAACUUCUGUGCCAAGGAGCUAGGACCUUUUGUUCUUCACCACGACCUGACCCCCAUGUCGCACAUCCUGGAAGGAAACCAGCGCCGCGGUCCGGGCAGUCUCACUGCCUCCACGCAGUUGUUCUUUGGCCAGCCACCGCCUGUCAACCAACCUCCCAGACGCCACCUGCCCCAUGAGAAACUGCAGACGCACGUGAUUCUAGGAGAUCCAGCGCAGCUCAGGAACUUCUUCCAGACCUCGAUGAGCUCGCAUUACCCAGCCCUGGAGACGAAUCAGACAGCAAAAGCGGUCAACCUGCACUUUCAGGACAGCAACCUGCCCAAAGGCACUGGAGAGACAGAUUUUUUAACCACCAACCAGAAGAUGCUGAAGCCACACAGCGUAGCUCCAGCCUGUUUAACUGAGGAGCAGCUACAGCGGUGCAAGUACAGCCACAUGGAGCCCCCACUGGGCGGACAGCGUGUGCUGUCAACUGUCUACCAGGAGGACUUUCCCUGCAAGUACCAGGGCCCACUGAGGAAGAGUUGGCGCGACUCCCAGGAGAGUCACGUGUUCGUGAGCUCGCUGGGAUGCAAGAAAACGAUGAACCCUCGGGCCCCCUAG